AAAUUAUCGUUUCCUCUGGAUUUUCUUGAUUAUUGAUGAAUUUCUCUCAACUUGGCUAGGGUUUCGAGCAUGGUUUCCAUUCAGAUUAUAUAAUUAACUAAAUUUUCUUUUCUUUGAUUAUUUCUCUAGGGUUUCAAUUCAAAACACUGGAAUUGGGAAUUGGGAAUUGGAAACAUCGUGGAAAUGUCUUUAUUAAGUAUGCUGCCAUUUUCUCAACCUUUAUUUGCAAAGGAGAAUGUAUUAAAAGCUUCAAUUUCUUUCAACAAGAUGCCUUUUACAAGCAUUCAUUUGCCAAGGUCGAUGUUUCUGACGCAAAGAAAAUUUUUAAGAGCUUCCAAAGUUGAAAUUCUGGAUUGUGAUGAUGAUAAAAGGAAAGAAUCCACAAAAUCAAGCAAGAUUGAUGAUGAUGAUGAUGAUGACAGUGAUAGUGAUUUUGAAAUGGAUGAAGAUGAAAGGAUAGAAUUCAGGAAAAAGAUUAGACAAAUGAUUGAAAUGAACCCUGAAGUCAAAGAUGUUGACCCUGAAGAAAAGAAAAAAAUGAUGGAAAAACUUUUAUCUGAUUAUCCACUUGUUGUAGAUGAAGAGGAUCCAGAUUGGCCUGAAGAUGCAGAAGGAAGGGGUUUUAAUUUCAGUCAGUUUUUUGAUAAAAUGACAAUUAAAAACGUGAAAAAAGAUGAUGAAGAUUAUGAUAGUGAUGGUGAAGUUAAUUGGCAAGAUAUUAGGGCUAUUAAAGACAUUAAGUCUGAAGAAUGGGAGGACACUGUGUUUCAAGAUCUUAGCCCCUUGAUUGUUCUUGUGCAUAAUCGUUAUAGAAGACCAAAAGAAAAUGAAAUGGCUCGUGAUCAGUUGGAAAAAGCAAUACAAAUUAUAUGGGAUUGUAGAAUACCUUCGCCAAGGUGUGUUGCGAUUGAUGCUGUUGUGGAGUGUGACUUAGUGUUAACACUUGGAGUUUCUGUUUUUCCUGAACUCAUAUUUACAAAAGUUGGAAAGAUCUUACACCGUGAAAAAGAAAUUCGAACAGCAGAGGAAUUGUCAAAGAUGAUGGCCUUCUUUUACUAUGGAGCAGCAAAGCCGCCAUGUCUUGGUAAUAACUUUGUGAUGACCAACGAUGCAAUCCCUGGCUUCACUACCAAGAAAUAGAUGUACAAUCAUGCUACAAUGACUUGUACUUCAUGCAUGAUAAGUUGUAUAUUCUUCUAGAUUUGUAAUAUAUGAGAAAUUUUGGCAAAAUAGAUGUUAUUAGCAAACUCUAUUGUUUAACACUUCAUUUUUUCUUAUUCAACCCAUUAAGUGGGUAUCAAUAUGUGCAUCUCAAAAGUGAUU